AACAGGAACUCAGUGAUAUCGGCCGUUUUGUACUUUCGAACUUCCUAUAAAGCAAUUUCCACAUUUCUCUUCAUCAGGAGAGCGAUAAACCUCAUGUGAUCAUCAUGUCUGCGCUCUUUGUGGUUAUGGCAUGGACGUUAACCAUAACAGCGUUGUCUGGAAACUCUUUCGUGAUAUUUCUGAUCCUAUUCAGAAAGAACCUUCGCUCACGCAAACUCAACUGGUACAUCAUUUCCCUUGCUAUAGCGGAUGCUUUAGUGGCCUUGAGUUUCUAUCCUCCAUUGUUUUUUUGUGAUCGUUGGUCGUUCUGCCAAACAAGUAUCAUGAGAGCAUUUCGCUGGAUCUUCAUUUAUUCCUCAGUAUGCAAUUUGUGCGCCAUGACAGCUGACCGUUACCUUGCCAUCGUCAUACCCAUGUACCACAGAGUCAAGGUAUCGGACAGGACUGUGGCCAUUUCGAUCGCGAUGUCAUGGCUUUUUCCUAUUAUUUUGCGUGGUGUUGUCUUCACUCCCCUUUAUUACCUGCAUAAAAGGGAAGCAUUCAAGUACUUUCUUCCUGUGAUAGUCAUAAUAUUUGAGGUUCUGCCGUGUUUACUCAUUCUCUUCGCUGCCCUGCGAAUAAGCAUCGUUGCCAAAAGAGAACAAACAAAACACAAGAACAGAUCGAAAGGAAAACCCAAAAAGGAGAAUCGAAGAGAAGGAUCAAGAGCUUUGAAGAUGAUUUUGAUGGUCACAUUUCUCUUUGUAUUCUGUUACGCCUUGGAAGCUUAUUACACGAUGUGCAAAAAUGUUUUAAAACUGUGCGACGACACUGAAAUAAUUCAGAUGAUUCGUCGGCUCAUGUUGAUAGCGAACUCCGCGAUUAAUCCAUUUGUGUACACUUUCCUGAGAAGAGAUAUUAAGGAAGAAGUAAAGAAACUGAAAUUGUCUUGUAGAAAGGAGAAACAUUUUACCAGACACGAAACUGUAAUCGGUUCUACGACACUCUCUACAGAGAGGGACAUACGCUAAAUUUGAAUUUUAUACUUAUUGUUGGAAGGCGUUGGCUAGGAGAUCUUGAUAUGAGAACUGACAACUAUUAAGCUCUUAGUAGUCUAUGGACAGCGAAAAUCGCCUUAAAGUAGUCAACACUGAGUCAGCAAAGAUCAAUACUCACCUCCCAAGGUCCAAAUUGAGUUUGCACCAAGAAACGCACAUAGCUAUCUACGCUCGAAUCUAGAUUAAUAAUGCCGUAAAAAGAGUGCUGUAAGUUUAGAGGAUUACAGGAAUUUUAAGGAAGUUGGCGCGGGUUCUUAAAUAUUUUUCAGUUGUAAGACUUUGGUUUACACUUGGCUCGGCCUUAACUAAGAACCUUUGCUUACAAGUCACGUUUACGGUGGAUAAAAAUCCAAGGUUAAAGAUAAAUAUAUGGAUGAGAAAUAAUGGCUUUUUAUCUUUAUUUAAAGUUUUCAAAUCAGUGAAACGCGCUAAUUGUCCUUUGACAUAACAAUGACAACGCAUUAACGUAUUCGACGCAUCAGGGUCAAUUUUUGUCGCAGCUCUCGACAGAACGAGCCCAAAUGUUCAUUCCAAAUCUGUUUUCUCAUAAAAAACACUCGUUGUCUUUUGGAUUACAUAAAGUAAUAAGUUGAUAUAAAUUGUUCAGUUUAAUCUAAAACGAGCAUCAGGGAGUUAUUGAACUCAAUAUAA